AUGAACGGAACAGCAUCUGAUAGAAGAACCAAAAUAUUGUGCACGAUCGGCCCAAGCUCUUCCGAUAAAUCUAUAAUAAUGCAAAUGAUGAUGGAAGGAAUGAACGCAGCUAGAUUAAACUUUAGUCAUGGAGAACACAACGUUCAUUUGGAGACGAUUCAAAAGAUUAGAGAGGCACAGAAGGAAUUGGGUGGAAUUCCAUUUGCAAUUGUUCAAGAUCUUCAAGGUCCAAAGAUUAGAAUUGGUAAAUUGGGUAAAUCUUUCAUGAUUGUUGAGGGAGAGGAAAUUGUGAUCACUACAGAUAAGAGUGUUAUUGCGAGUGGUGAAGAUAAUGAAACUAGACCUAGAAAAGUUUCUACUUCUUAUCCAAAUUUGGUUAGGGAUUGUAGACCUGGCUCUAAAUUAAUGAUUGAUGAUGGUUAUUUGGAAGUGCACGUUGUUUCUAAAAAUCAAGAAGAAACUGAAAUGGUUUGUAAAGUUGUAACAGGAGGAAUGUUAUCUCAAAGAAAGGGAAUUAAUAUGGUUGAUGAAGGGGCAACUAUUUCAGCCCCUGCAUUGACAGAAAAAGAUAUUGCUGAUUUGGAAUUUGGUAUGAAAUGUGGUGAAAUUAAUUAUGUUUGUUUGAGUUUUGUCAGAUUUGCUCAAGAUAUUAUUGAUGCCAAGAAUCUAAUGAUGAAAUUUGCUGGUAAAACUAUUCCAAUUAUUGCAAAAAUUGAGAGAAUUGAAGCUAUUAGAAAUAUUGAUGCCAUUCUUAAGGAAGCUGAUGGAUUGAUGGUUGCAAGAGGUGAUUUGAUGAUUGAGACUAAUUUCCAUGAAUUACCAAUUUUCCAAAAGGAAUUAAUUGAAAAAUCCUCCAAAGCAGGUAAAAUUGAUAUUACAGCCACCCAAAUGCUGCAAUCUAUGGUUGAAAGUAAAAUUCCAACCAGAGCUGAAGUUACAGAUGUUUCCAAUGCAUGUUUUGAUGGAACAGAUGUAGUCAUGUUGAGUAAUGAAUCAGCUAUGGGAAAAUAUCCAGUUCUUUCUGUCAAAACUAUGCACUUAAUUGUGAGAACAGCUGACAUCAAUUCUCACAAGUUUGGUAGAUUGGACUCUCAUGAGAAUGAUUUCAACAGUAAUGCCACUGACUCUAUUGAAAAUGCUAGCUGCAUGGCUGCUUCUACUAUUGCAAAUAAGCACUCUGGUGUUAAAUUAAUUUGUUGUAUCACUAAUUCAGGGAAAACAGCUGUCAGUAUUUCUCAAUACAGACCUAAUGUUCCAAUCAUUGCAUUGACAGAUCAAGAAUUUACAUUCAAUCGUCUCACAUUAGGUUGGGGAAUUACUCCUGUACUAAUCCAUAACACGGAUUACAUCACAGGUCCUCACAGUGUCGAAGAGCUUUGUUGUAAAUAUUUGGUUGAAAAGUCAUUUGCCCAACCUGGCGAUCUGGUAGUCUUAGUAAUUGGUGCUGAAACUGUCAAUCAUAUGGCCCACACUGUCAGACUUAUGAAAUUACCUUAAAUAUAUAACGUCUUCAAAUAAUUGUUUAAUUCAUAAAGUCCCAAUAAUUUUCUCUG